ACAAUACAUCAAAACAGCUCAUAUGAUCUGUAGCUAAGCAUUAGUCUUUAAUCCAAAAGAGAUUAAUGGAGAAGAAAACAAUUCUAACGGCCUCUGGGUUGAUGAUGAUGAUGUUGAUCCUAAGCGCAACUACUGCAAGAGCCGAUCUAUGCCAGGAUGCGUUGAAAAUUUUGUCGCCUUGCUUGCCAUUCUUGACGGGUUCAGAUCAGCAACUGGCACCCAGUCCUACCUGCUGCCUAGGCGCAAGCGAAUUGCUCAAUAAAGCUACAACCUCCGAAGAUCUUAAGGCUCUCUGUGUCUGUUUCAAAAAUGCUGCAGCCCAGGAUGGUGUUAAGUCUGAUAGGGCUGAACUGCUUCCCAACCUCUGCAAGAUCAAAGUUCCGGUUCCUAUUAAACCAGAUGUGGACUGCAACAAAUUAUGAUGAUUCUUUAAGGAUCGAGUGGAGAUAACAAAUAAAGAUGGGGAACAUGAUAUUGGGUUGUAAACAUUAAUAUAUGGGAGCUCGACUCUUUUUGGCUAUCUUAUAUUAUGUAUAUGCAUGAAAAGAUCAACUGAAUGAAUAAAAUGAUUCCUAGUUUCUUUGCAGCAA